AUGACCAAACCAGAAGAGCCUUUAACUACUUACUAUUCAAUGAAACAGGGAAACUUCAAGACAGAAGACGAGAAAGCUGUUGUGAGGAGAGCUUUGGCGGCCGAAGAAAGCUCCCUUCCCGUGAGUCCCGCUCCCAGCUACGCGGCGCUAGCGAGGUCGCGCAGGUCAAGGAUUCCUAGGCUGUGGGCCGAGAGUCCGCUCUGCCAUCCAUGCGCCUCCCCGCCGCGCGGCCCUCACCUUGGGCACUCUUCCGGGCAAAUUUUUCCUUUUUUUUAUUUCGGUUCCUGUCGGCCAGGCCAAGGAUCCUUUGCCAGGGAGACAGCGCCCUCUCUCUCCCGCGGCCGCGCCCGCCAGCGGCAAGCGCCCCCUCCCUGCUCUUAUGACCUCCCGCACCUCCUUCUGGCCCCUGCCCUCCCCAGCUGCGUCCCCUCCUUCCUCACACCGCCUACCCCGCUUGGCCCCAAUGACCGCCCGGGGGGAGAACCCGAGAGCAGCGGGGUGCGAAGCUUGCUCAGGUCUGGCCCCUGCUCCAGCCGGGCUGGAACGCAGGACCUCUGUCUGCACGACUGGGCGGAGCUGUUCCCGGCGCUGACGCGGCGCCCAGGAGCCCUGGCGGGUCCCGGGGAGGGGUUCCCGGCGCAGGCCGCAGCUGGGGGGAAUGAGGCCCGGCUCCCCCAGGCUGGGCACAGCGGACCAGCGGGCGGGGCCGCGAGUAUGCCUCGCGGCGAGCUCUUCCUCUCGUCCGCGCGCCGCGAGGACUUGGCCGCGCGCUCUCACUUCUCAGAGAGGCUGAUCCGGGACCCUGACUGGGUCAGCGAAACGUGGACCGGGGGUGAUGAGAGGGGUGAAGGCUCAGAGGACUGAUGCUUCAGACAAUGCCAAACGGCCCAUCGGGAGCAGAGGCUGUCAUGCUUCUCUGUCAGUGAAAAUCUGCAUCCUUUAGAACCCAAACAAUGUACUCCUGUGGAAAUGCAGAAACAUUUUCCACAGAGUGGAUUUGCAACGACAUAGGUACAGGCCUAAAGUGCUCCCACCCCUUGAACCCAUCCUGGCUCCCGGGAACCACAGGGGGAGCUCGCUUCAAACUGACCCGACUGCAGAGCACCGGCAGCUUCCAGAAAGGCACUAAUUGAGUCACAAACCACCGGCCGCCCCUAACAAAGCGAUCCAUCUCGCCAGCUCAGUACUCAAUUUGUCCGCAGCACUUUCAAACGCAAUUCAGAAGCAUUAUCUUGUUUUUAAAGGUAUCGCGGCAGAAAACGUGGCAAUUAUCCUGGGCUCGGGUUACGCUAAAUGGCUUAGGCUGAGAAGUGGAAGAAUACAAAUGCCGCGAAGGUGCUGAUCACCUCGCUGCUGGGCCUGGGCAAGGGAAGAGAGCAGGAAAAUUUCGGCUGGGGAGAGGGAGGUCGGGCUCAAGUUCCCACUUUUGGCACCAACGAUCUGGCAAUGGCACCAGCGAAAUGUUGGGCCUGUGUCCGUAGAGGUUAAAGAUUCUUUCUGAGCGAUGGACCCUCAGGGGUCGAAAGAGAAGGGGGUCGUAUCUCGACAUGACCAGGCCAAGGUUCUGGCCUCAGUUUUGGAUCAGGAACAGGCUGGGUCUUCAGGUACUGCUGGAGUAAGGAAGGGGAGAGGUCAAGGGUCAGUGAGGGUGCUGGGGAAGAACCCAGUUCCAGUCCGGAGCUACAAUAGUAAAACUGGGGAGAGGGGAUGGCACUAGGAGAAAGUAACCAGGAGGAAAGAGGAGCCGGCUCGAAGGAUGGGGAGAGACGUUCACUCCUAAGCGUGGGCCAGGCCUGGCCAGGGAAUCCCUGGAGAACGCUGCAGGGUGGGAGCCGGUGAGAACUGGAGAGGCACAGAGAGACCACGAGGCGUCUCCGCACCGGGAAUGAAAAAAAUGCUCUAAGAAUCUUCACCUUAGUCCUCCAGAGUAAGUUUGGGCCUGGCAAAUGGAAAGAAAAUAAAAGACUAGCAAAAGGCGUUCGAAUCCUGGCGCCGGGCGUGCAGACGCAUUGCUCGCCCCAACCGCCCAACACGCAGUGGUGGCCACGCUGUGCGCGUCUUUCUCCUGCUCUAACCAGCCCCCACAUCUUGAAGUAAUCAGCAGCCGAGAAGGGACUCGUCCCCCUGGCAUCUCAGGUUAAAGAAGGAGGUCCAGGAAAAUGUGGUAGAGCCAUUACAAGAAACCCGAGCCGCAGUCAUCAGGGACUCCAAUUGCCAUUGCAUUAGGAUUGAUUAGAGACCAGCAGUACCGUAAUGACCCGGAAAGAGGGGCAGCCGGGGAUUAUUAAUAUCAGAAUGUGGCGGAGAGCGGGAGGGUGAGGGGAAGGAGGGAGAGCAAAGUGAGGAGGGAGAAGUUUUAAGUUUCCAGGAUUUAUAUAUAAGCGCAGGCUUACCUGAGGAAACUGGAUAGUCAGUGAAUCACGCAAACAAUAAAUCUAAUUGCAUCUAAAAUUUCACGAAGCUUGAUUUUUCUUGUACGGGAAAAGUAAAAUCAUCCUGAAAACCAGGCCAACAUCUUAGUAUUUCUAAACACGUAGUUACAUAAACUUGUGAAGUGGGGUGCUCGAUGACCCGUUUCCUUACCAUGGAUCUCUAAAAAAUGAUUUGGGGAGAGCAUUUUUAGGCGACUUUGGGUGUUCUCUGCGGGGUUAUGAAGCAAAGGACCCGACAAUUCUGCAGUGUGCGGCGGAGUAAUAAACCAAAUUUUAAUUGAAAUAGC